UUCCUACAGGAUGACUUCCUUUACUUGUGUAUGGUAUAAUGCCCGUUUGGCCUUUUCCGGUAAAAUAUCGUAAUGACUGGCUUCAGUGAAAAGCCAAUAUUGAUAGAUGGCCGCGGCCAUCUACUCGGUCGUUUAGCAGCUAUCAUUGCCAAAACGAUCUUGCAAGGAAAUAAAGUUAUUGUUGUUCGUAGCGAACAACUUAACAUUUCUGGAAAUUUUUUCAAAAAUAAGUUGAAGUUUAUGUCGUUCUUGCGUAAAAGAUGUAAUAUUAACCCUGCACGUGGUCCAUUCCAUUUCCGUGCACCAAGUAAAAUUCUCUGGAAGACAGUACGAGGUAUGAUCCCACAUAAGACGCAAAGAGGUAAGGAUGCUCUAAGAAGGUUAAAAGUUUAUGAAGGUUGUCCACCUCCUUAUGAUCGCAGGAAACGUGUUGUUGUACCAGGUGCCAUGAGAGUAAUGUGCUUAAAACCUGGUAGAAAGUAUUGUCACGUUGGAAGAUUAUCCCACGAAGUUGGUUGGAAGUACAAAGCUGUGGUUCGCACUUUGGAGAACAAACGGCGCGUCAGAUCUAUUCUCGAAGUCCAGAAGAGAAAUAAACUCAAAAAACUUACAAAACAGGCUGAAGCAUCUGUUGCCAGAGUUGCUGCACCUUAUACAGAAAUCAUUAAUAACUUUGGUUACAAUUGAUUUAUAAUUACAAUAAAAAAAUAAAAGUUAUAAACGUAUA